AUGCUUUCUUUUGUCUUCACUUUCGCUCUCGUUUUCCACCUGUCUCUUUUCCAUGGAAGCUCUUCGCUUCCUACCAUCGGCAUCACCUACACACCUCCCCCUACCACGACUGCCGCCACCACGGCGCUACCAACCCCACCGCCUCCUGAACGUAUUGCUUCCAUUGUAACCUCUCUAAACUUCGCUUCUGUUCGCCUCCCUGGCUCUGAUCCUUCAAUAAUACGAGCCUUUUCUUACACAAACACCUCCCUUCUCCUCUCCAUCCCCAACAUUCUGGUCCCGCCCUUAGCUGCCAACCGGUCUUUAGCUCUCCGGUGGCUCUACAGUCACGUGCUGCCAUUUUACCCGCGAUCAAAAAUCUCUUUAAUCUCAGUUGGGAACGACGUCUUUGAUACGACGCCGGAUUUCUCACCUUUUCUUCUCCCCGCCAUCAGAAAUGUCCAUUUAGCCCUCCGUGAUCUCGGCAUCAAAAAGGUUUCGGUUUCUACAACCUUUUCUUUCUUUAACAUAAUUACGACGUCGUUUCCGCCAUCUUCGGCACAGUUUCAAGAACCGGCGGGGAGUCUUAUUCUGAAGCCGUUGAUCCAGUUCUUGGGCGAUACAAACUCGUCCUUUUUGGUGAAUCUUUAUCCGUACAACAUGUACAGGCUCAACAAUGAGAUACCCAUAGGGUUUGCUCUGUUUCAAGAUUUCCCUUUUAAUUUCAGGGAUGAUUUGGUAACGGGCGUGAGGUAUAAGAAUCUUUUUGACAUGAUGGCGGACUCGGUGGUUAGCGCCAUGGCAGUGGCCGGCCACGAGAACAUCCCGAUCAUUGUGGCGGAGACUGGGUGGCCGAGCUCAGGUACGGAUAGUGGUGAGGUGGAUGCCACUCGGGGUUAUGCUGAGAUGUACUUGAAGGGCUUGGUGGCACACUUGAGAUCAGGGUUGGGAACACCGUUGAGAAAAGAAGGGGUUGCUGAAGUCUACAUUUACGAAUUGGUUGACGAAGAAAUGAGGGGUAUCAGAAGUUGGGGGAUUUUGCAUCAGAAUUUGACUAAGAAGUACAAGGUUGAGUUCUCCAAAGGGUUCAAGAUUGGUGGAUUUGGAGGUUUGGUGAUGUCUAUGGUGUUUCAUUUCUCAAUUUUGCUCUGUUUUUAGAAGCUUCACUAUCUUUGGUCAUUGAAGUUUGGUUUACGAUAUUUUUUCAGUUCAAGUUUUUUUGAUUUGAGGUUCAAUUCAUGAACCACUCUGCCAACAAUUGAAUUGUACAUUGUGUUAGAGGAUAGAAAUUGUUGGCAGUUUUGUGUUGUACUUCAGAUUGCCUCUUU